CCGAGGCUUUCAACUUUCAACCCUCUUCAACUUUAGUACAUAAUAUACUAGGUAUAGUACUAGCUACUACCAAGACAUAUUACAUAUCUCAACUCUUUUCCUUUAUCUUCGUUUUUACCACAUGUAGAUAUUUCAUAAAGUCGCGACGGGAUUUGAAUUUCCUAUCGUUGAGGGCCAAUAUUGCUUCAAUUGCUUUAGCUCGACCAUGCUAAACCCGCCAAUAUGGAUGGAGAUUGGGACGAGGUUGCGCGCAUACCCUUCCCACCACCGGGUCUCCGGGCCAUGUCCACGCCUGUCACUGUCUUAGCUUUCGAUACGAGUCAAGAGCUCUUAUGGACAGGUAACGAAUAUGGCCGCGUGUCGUCAUUCUAUGGCACGAAACUCCAGCCGUACACAUCCUUCAAGGCGCAUACCUCCCAAGAUGGCCCCGUUCGCCAGAUACUCUUCAACGACAAGGGCGUCAUCGCAAUUGGUUCUCGUGGGGUCCAUAUGGCAUUGAGGAGGGGGCCGCCUUUAUGGUCAAUUAGACACGAAGACAUGCAAGAGCUACGAUGUAUGAGUUUCACGUCUAAGGGUACCGCCGAGAUACUCGUAGCUGGCGAACAGGACAAGAUGUUCAUCAUCGACACGAAUAAAGGCGAGAUUACUAAAACGCUACCGACGGAACAUAAAUAUACAAUUAUGCGGAGAAGUAGGUAUAUCUGCGCAGCCACGCCGACAGGGGCUGUCCAUAUUAUCGACUCUUUAACUUUCCAGGUUAUCAAGAUCUGGAAUGCUCAUACGGCUGCUAUCAACGACAUGGAUGCGCAGCACGACUUUAUAGUUACUUGCGGAUAUUCCAUUAGGCACGGAGGCAAUUAUAUGCCAGAUCCAUUCGUAAACGUAUUCGAUCUGAAGAAUAUGGGUUCCAUGUCGCCCAUCCCGUUCCCGGCGGGUGCUGCCUAUGUAAGAAUGCACCCGCGCAUGUCUACGACCAGUAUCGUUAUGUCACAGAUCGGUCAGAUGCACGUGGUCGAUCUUAUGAAUCCCAACACUAGCAAUGUACGCCAAGCAAACAGUCUAUCCUACUUUUCAAUGAUAGAGAUCGCCUCCUCAGGUGAGGCGAUUGCGCUUGCGGAUGGGGAUUGCUUCAUUCAUCUUUGGGGCUCGCCCAACAAGGUCCAUUUCGCCGAGUUUCCUACACCAAUAGAGACAGCCGAUUCCGGAACAGCACCUCGGAUUGACUUCGAUGAUCACGAUACACCAUUGAGCUCUGUCGGUAUGCCAUACUAUAGAGAAGUAUUGCUAUCGGCAUGGCCGAGUAACAUGGUGACGGAGGUCGGAGCCCCACCAGUCAAAAUUGACCAGCAGUUCUUAGCGACUCUGCAAGAAAGAGACUGGGGAUAUUUUGGCAAGAACACUCGCCCUUUGCGACGGAAUCAGGUUGAGGACACGCGGAACAACGAGAGUCCUCAGAGCUCCCUAAAACCACCCAAGUUCUUGAGCGAGAAGGCGAGAGAAGCAGCCAAGUCUCCCGCGGGAACUCCAGCACCAGAAGAAGUUAUACCGGAAAUUCCCCAAGUCCUACAGGACGCCAAGCUCGAGAGUCUGAAGAUCGAGGUGCCUGACUUAUAUCAAAAUAUCGAAAUAAAGUACAGUAAAUUCGGAAUCGAUGAUUUCGAUUUUGGUUAUUUCAACAAGACACAGUAUUCUGGGCUGCAAAAUCACAUUGUCAACGCGUACGCAAAUCCACUAUUACAGAUGAUGCACUAUACGCCACUUGUUCGGAAUAUUGCUCUCCAGCACGCUGCAACAGCAUGCGUCGAUGAAUUAUGUCUCCUUUGCGAAUUGGGAUUUCUCUUCGACAUGCUCUAUAAAGCAGAAGGGGAGGCUUGCCAAGCAUCCAAUUUCACAAAGACUCUUAGCUAUCACCCCGAAGCGGGAAAACUUGGUUUAUUGGAAGAGGAGCCUCACUCGUCUCGGACGGUAAUGCUUCAACAGCUUACAAGAUUCCUUCUUAGGCAGAUGGCUCAGAACUAUAGCUCGAUGAUUCAAAAUCUUCAACCCUACUCCCCAGAAACACCCCAUCCUAGGAGCUUCGAAGAGCUCUUCCAAACCUCUGCAACGAGCUCCAUACGGUGCAUGAACUGCAGAAGUGAAACUACAAAGCCCGACCAUACUAUGGUGAAUGAGUUGAUGUAUCCACAGGUUAAACCUGGUCACCGAAACCCGAGGGUACGGGGCACAACAUUUUGCCAGGUCUUGAAGAUGAGUGUAGAAAGAGAAACUACCAAUAAGGGGUGGUGUAAUAACUGCCAUCGCUACCAAACUCUCGCAACCCGAAAGACCAUACAUCGCGUCCCCAGUGUGCUCAUGCUUGCCACUGCAAUCACCAGUAACGACCAUCGGCGACUUUGGGCUACCCCUGGAUGGCUUCCGGAAGAGAUCGGAGUUAUAGUAGACAACGGGCAAUUCUUUUGCUUUGAAGGGGAAGACUUAAAGCUGCAUUUGCAACGGGGAAUCCACAGUAUCACGGUAUAUUCAUUGACUGGGUUAACUGUCAACAUUGAAGGCGGCCAACAGCAGAGGUCACAUCUUGUGGCCAUGGCCAAUAUUGCGCAUUCCGCGCCAAUAGCUCCAAGUCAGAGUCAAUGGUAUCUGUUCAAUGAUUUCCAUGUGAAGCCGAUUCCACCACAAGAGGCUUUGACGUUCAACACAUCCUGGAAGACACCUGCCGUCAUUACGUUCCAGGAAAAAACCGCCAACAACAAGUUGGAUUCUAGUUGGAAGCAGAAUCUUGACUCUAGACUACUUUAUCUAGAUCUCCAAGCUGAUCGAGCCGAUAAAACGUAUCGGACCCUGGAUCGGCAGACUGAGCCAGCAGGUCCCAAUACGAUCGUGGCCAUCGACACGGAAUUUGUGAAAAUUUCUCAGCCAGAGGUGGAGAUGCAUUCGGAUGGCGACUCCAAAAUCAUCCGACCCACCAUGCACGCUUUAGCCAGGACAUCGAUUGUCCGAGGCAGUGGCAUGGACGAAGGACUACCUUUUAUCGAUGACUAUAUCACUAUUAAAGAGAAGGUCGUCGAUUACUUGACUUCAUACUCAGGAAUUACCCCUGAAGACUUGGACAUAAACUUGGCACAGCAAAGGGGGCACAAUCUAGUGCCGCUCAAGAUCGCAUACAAAAAGAUAUGGAUCUUACUAAACCUCGGAUGCAAGUUCCUGGGCCACGGGCUAAAACAGGACUUCCGCGUAAUUAACAUACAUGUGCCGAAGGCGCAGGUCAUCGACACAAGCGACCUCUUCUUCAUCAAAGAGCGACUGCGCAAGCUUAGUUUGCAGUUCCUAGCGCACACACUUCUUAAAGAGGACAUACAACAGAGCACACAUGACUCGAUUGAGGAUGCUAGGACCGCCCUCAAGCUAUAUCGUAAAUAUCAAGAAUUUGAUGAAGCUGGCAUCCUUGACCCUAUGUUACAGGAGAUAUAUGCCAAGGGUGUCGCGUCUAACUUCAAACCGCCGGCCAAGUUGGGCACAGGGGCCAACGUCCCCAGGACGGAUACGCCACCGGUAGACGGGAACGGAGUUGGUGGGCCGACAACACCGGUGCGGAAGUCGGGUAUAAACGGCCCAGGAACGCCGGCAUCUGCGUCAACACCAACUCCGGGGAGGAUGCUAUUCCGAUAAGUUGGCCUAAGGUGGAUAUCACGGAGAGGAUUUCAUGGGCCUACAGUGCGAAUUUUCAAGACGGCAACAUUCAUCAUAGACGUAUGCCGAUUGCCCCUAAAGCCAAACAUAUAACGAGCUCGAGCUUGUUUUUGAAAUUCCGAUGCAGUGCGGGAUCUAGAUCCCAAACGGCCACGUUUUUUAUAGUCUAUGAAUAAUAUAUGAGUCGUGGUUGCGGUAUAGUGAGAUACCUCCUCGAGCGGCUUGGCAAUGAACAUGGGACGAUGAAUGAAGGACGAAAAGCACAUUUUAGGUGAAGGGGGGAUGGGUAGCGAUAGAGAUGAUACAUUAUUUCAAAGCGUUCUUGACAUUUCUUUCCACCCCUGACGUAUAUGUUAGUCAUGUAUCCAUGAAGUAAAGCUAACGGGCAAGGUAAAAAUAAAAGAUAGAUGAGCGGGAACUAAAACGAUAGUCAACUUGACUGCUAUGGGACGUUGGCUCUCGCUUUACAAGUGAGUUUGUGGGCAUGUUGUUAGUUAUGAUCUCUUCUCAUAACUACCUAUGUAGGUAGGAACUCAAUCUUUUACUCUGACUCUCACGCCGGCUGGGGUAAAUCGUGGCUGGCUAUGGCUACGAAUCAUCAUACAGUACUAAUGCUACUUACAUACUAGAGGAAGAC